CACAUCAUGGUCCUUGCUUCGUUUCUGAAAUCUGGCCCUGUGUUCCCUUCCCCCAUCUCCUCGUUGCUGCUCAUCCAAGAUGUUGACCUUGGUCCAACUUACUUGGGCAAUUGCCAUCGCAUCAAGCAGCCUCUCCCACUUGGUUCAAGCCGUUCAGGUCAACCCUCUACCAGCUCCUCAGAACAUUACCUGGGGAUCCUCGGGCUCAAAGUCCAUUGCUGGCUAUUUGGUAUUGAAUGGUCCGUCUUCACAGAUCGUCGACGACGCUUGGUCGAGAGCUUGGAAUACCAUCACCACCCUGCAAUGGGUCCCAGCUGCAGUAGAGGCUCCCUUCCCUUCAUUCGAGGCUUUUCCUACGGCGACUGCUGCUCCUUCCAGGGUCAAGCGGCAGAAUUCAUAUCUAGGUCAAAUCGAUUUGACCAUUGAGGAUCUGGAAGCCGAUCUUGAACUUGGUGUGGACGAGUCUUACACUCUGGACAUCACGUCAAGUUCUACCUCAGUCAACAUCACCGCAGCAACUGUUUGGGGUGCUCUCCACGCAUUCACAACCUUGCAACAAUUGAUCAUUUCAGAUGGUCAUGGAGGCCUACUCAUCGAGCAACCAGUAUCCAUCGUUGACCAUCCUAAUUACUCCCACCGUGGAAUUCUUAUUGACACAGGUCGCAACUUCAUUAGUCUGAACAAGAUCCAAGAACAGAUAGACGGCCUUGCACUGUCCAAACUCAAUGUCUUGCACUGGCAUCUGGUCGAUUCGCAAUCAUGGCCCGUCCAAAUCGAUGCCUACCCUGAGAUGGUCAAGGGUGCGUACUCGACCAAGGAGAUCUACUCUCACGACGACAUACGUGGAAUCAUUGCCUACGCUCGAGCCCGCGGCGUACGAGUCAUUCCCGAGAUUGAUAUGCCAGGCCAUACUUCUGCAGGCUGGACAGACAUCGACCCCGACAUUGUCACUUGUGCCAAUUCAUGGUGGUCCAACGAUGAUUGGGCUUUGCAUACCGCAGUGGAGCCCAAUCCUGGUCAACUGGACGUUCUCAACAACAAGACCUACGAGGUGGUUGCGAAUGUUUACCACGAAAUUUCUACUAUCUUCACAGACAAGGUCUUCCACAUCGGCGGUGAUGAAGUGCACUCCAACUGUUUUAACUUCAGCUCUCUGACUCGUGAAUGGUUUGCUGCCAACGAGUCUCGCUCGUACAACGAACUCCUUCAACUUUGGAUGGAUAAGAGCCUCCCCAUUUUCAACUCGGUGCCUGACCGCCGUCUUAUGAUGUGGGAAGACAUUGUCCUGGCCACUGACCAUGCCACCAAUGUCUCUAAGGACAUCAUCCUGCAAUCCUGGAAUAACGGUCUCACCAAUAUCCAGAACCUCACCUCGCAAGGCUAUGACGUGAUUGUAUCCUCGGCCGAUUUUUUCUACCUCGAUUGUGGCUUCGGUGGCUGGGUACCUAAUGAUCCCCGGUAUAACGUCCAAGCCAAUCCUAAUGCCACGGGUCCUCCCACUUUCAACUAUCUGGGUCCUGGAGGAUCGUGGUGUGCUCCAUACAAGACAUGGCAACGAAUCUAUGACUACGACUUCACGUUGAACCUGACUGAUAGCGAGAAAUCCCACAUACUCGGCGCCGAAGCUCCAUUGUGGUCCGAGCAGGCCGAUGAUACCGUCAUCUCAUCCAAGAUCUGGCCCCGGGCCGCCGCCCUGGCCGAGCUCGUCUGGUCUGGCAAUCGAGACCCUGCCACGGGCAUCAAACGCACCACCCAAUUGACUCAACGCAUCUUGAAUUUUCGAGAGUACCUCGUGGCCAACGGGAUCCAAGCAACCGCACUGGUACCCAAGUACUGUCUACAGCACCCUCACGCCUGCGAUCUAUACCAGAAUCAGACCAUUAUGGCCGAUUACUUUGUCGCAGGCUGAAAGUCUUGUGACCGUCUGAUGGUCAAGUCCUUGGUUGACUUGUUUAAUGCGGGUGGUGUAUAUUGGAUAGGAGGAAUUGCUGCGGCGUCGCUCAGCUUACGAAGAAACGUAGUAGUACAGGUGACUGAGGUUGAAUAUCGACCGACGUAAAAAGCAUGCAUACAUCCGCUGCAUAUAGCUAAGGCCCGACGCUGAUCAUGCU